AGCACAUUAAAGCUCUUGGAUGGUGAUUUAGUCUCGGAUUCUCUUGUCCAUCAGUGUCAAACUCUCAUAGUCUCAUCAUCCCCAAAUAAACUUGUAGGCAUAUUAAUUCAUGAACGAAUGGUAUCCUCCACUCUCGUCCCAUUGCCAUAGAUAAAAUCUACAGCUUACAAGUCUACCUCUUCUUUCAUCUCGGUCCCCAGCGCAAAUGAACAAAAUGCAUGUUCUUUAGCCCAUUUGCACGAACACCACUCUCUUCUACUCUUUCCACAUCCAUCGAUUGAGAUUGCAAUUCCUUCCUCUUCAAAUGAUCGAGAAAAGAUGAAAAUUCAGGCAUUAGAGUGAAAGCUCGAAGUAUUAGUACCUGUGAGUUCGGCAAUUAGCUAUGGCAUUGGCCGCCAGGUCUCUGUUUGCGCUGUUCCUCGCCGUCGUCGCCGGGUUCGCCGUCCCUGCUGUCGCCACCUCUGCAUCCAUGGUGGGUGUUAAUUAUGGCCGCGUCGCCGACAACAUCCCUCCUCUUGAGAAGGGUCCCAGUAUUGUCGCCUCCAUCGGCGUCGGCCGCGUCCGCAUCUACGACGCCGACCCCCACGUCCUUCACGCCUUUGCUAACACAGGGAUCGAGGUCAUCGUCACCCUCCCCGACCGAUGCCUCCCUUCGAUGGCUACCGAUCCAAACGAAGCCCUUGUGUGGGUGCGUGCUAACAUCCAGCCUUACCUCCCAGCCACCAAGAUCGCUGCCGUGAUGGUUGGCAACGAGAUUCUCAACAACGCCAACGACACCGACUACGCGCUUGCCCGCUGCCUCGUCCCCACCAUGGAGAACAUCCACUCCGCCCUCGCCUCCCUUAGCCUCGACGGUACCGUCGCCGUCACCACCUCCCACUCCCUUUCCGUCCUCGCCGUCCCUUCUUAUCCGCCUUCUGCCGCCGUGUUUCGCAGCGAGCUCCUCCCCUUCAUCCGCCCGCUCAUCGACUUCCACGCACGCACCGACUCCCCGUUCUUCAUCAACGCCUACCCGUACUUCGCAUACGUGAAGGAUAGCUCCCAGGUGGCGCUAGAAUACGCCCGCCUAGAUCCUGGCGCCCCCAGCAUCACCGACCCCGGAUCUGGCCUCUGCUACACCAAUCUGCUCCACGCCCAAAUCGACGCCGUCUACCACGCUAUCGCCGCAGCCAGGGGCGAGAGCGCAAAGCGGGUCAUGGUGUGGGUUUCGGAGACAGGCUGGCCGUCCGCCGGCGACCCCAAUGAGAUUGGGGCAACACCGGAGAACGCGGGCAAAUACAACUCUAACCUGAUCCGGCUGGUAGCCACCAACAAGGGCACGCCACUGAUGCCCGGGACGCCGCUCCGGGCUUACAUAUUCGCGCUCUUCAACGAGAACCUGAAGCCAGGUCCGACCUCGGAGCGGAACUACGGCCUGUUCAAGGCCGACGGCACGCCCGCCUACCAUCUCGACAUCGCAGUGCCGCUGCAGAACGACCCACCCUCUGGAGAAGGUUCGGACGAAGGAUCCAACGAUGGUUCGACAUUGGUGCCCGUCGGCGGGUCCUCUGGAUACUUCGGCUUCUCGUCCGCAACGGGGCUGCGAUCGCAUUGGCAGCGGAAAAUGAAGUUUCUUUUAGCAUUCGCGGUGCUCGCAGUGGUCGUCUCCAAUUAGCGAUCGCAUCGCAAGCGGUGGCCAGGAAUCAAAGAACAACAAUUAUGGACUUUCAGUCGAUUUUUUUCAUUGUUUAGGAAUCACAUUUUAGGUGCUCAUGUGCGGCGUAUAAAAAACGUUAAGAAUAAUUUUCUUCCUGAAGAAAAGUUAUAUUGCUUCUUCAA